UUCAUCUUCUUCAUCACCUCCAUUACCAUUCAUCAGUUAUUAUCAUCACCAGUACCACUCACUCAGUUUCCAUAUUAUCUAUAAUCCGAAAACCCUAGCUCGGAAUUUUAUUAUACGGCAUGACGACGGCGACAUCAACGACGUCGUUCGGAGCUACAGUUUUGAAAGAACAGAAGAAGAUUCAGUUACGGAGAUUUGACGGAUUAAGAUCCUCAAUUCCUAACUCCGUUACUUUAACCAGAAAUCUUAACAUCUUUUCUGCUCCGUCGUCGUCUAUUGUUCGAGCUGUUUCCACUCCAGUGAAGCCAGAAACUGAGACUAAGCGGAGUAAGGUUGAAAUAAUCAAAGAACAUAGUAAUUUCAUUAGGUAUCCUCUUAAUGAGGAGUUAGUUACCGAUGCUCCGAACAUUAACGAAUCCGCUAUCCAGCUCAUUAAGUUCCAUGGGAGCUAUCAGCAGUAUGAUAGAGACGAGCGUGGCGGAAGAUCCUACUCGUUCAUGCUUCGUACUAAGAAUCCGUGUGGUAAGGUUCCGAAUAGGUUGUACUUGACCAUGGAUGAUCUUGCUGAUCAGUUCGGUAUUGGAACUCUUCGAUUAACAACUAGGCAGACUUUUCAGCUUCAUGGGGUUAUAAAGAAGGAUCUCAAGACUGUGAUGAGUAGUAUUAUUCAUAAUAUGGGUUCGACCCUUGGUGCUUGUGGUGAUCUUAACAGGAAUGUUUUGGCCCCUGCUGCUCCUUUUGCGAGGAAAGAUUAUCAAUUUGCACAGAAAACUGCUGAUAAUAUUGCGGCUCUGCUAACUCCUCAGUCGGGGUUUUACUAUGAUAUGUGGGUGGAUGGUGAGAAGUUUUUGUCGGCGGAACCUCCUGAGGUUGUUAAGGCUCGUAAUGAUAAUUCUCAUGGAACAAAUUUUCCUGACUCGGCUGAGCCUAUAUAUGGAACCCAAUUCUUGCCUAGGAAGUUCAAAAUUGCUGUCGCUGUGCCAACUGAUAACUCUGUGGAUCUUUUUACAAAUGACAUUGGUGUUGCAGUGGUUACUGAUGCUGAUGGAAAUCCUCAGGGUUUCAACAUAUAUGUUGGUGGUGGUAUGGGGAGAACACAUAGAAUGGAGACAACAUUUCCACGACUAGCUGAACCAUUGGGUUAUAUACCAAAAGAAGACAUUUUGUAUGCAGUGAAAGCUAUCGUUGCUACACAGAGAGAUAAUGGGAGGAGGGAUGAUCGUAAGUUUAGUAGAAUGAAAUAUUUGAUCAGCUCUUGGGGAAUUGAGAAGUUUAGAAGUGUCGUUGAACAAUAUUAUGGAAAGAAAUUUGAGCCUUGCCGACCGUUGCCUGAGUGGGAAUUUAAGAGUUACCUGGGAUGGCAUGAACAGGGUGAUGGUGGUUUAUUUUGUGGGCUUCAUGUUGACAAUGGUCGUAUUGGAGGGAAAAUGAAAAAAACACUGAGGGAGAUUAUAGAGAAGUACAAUUUAGAUGUGCGUAUCACUCCCAACCAGAACCUCAUCUUGUGUGGCAUUCGCAAGGCAUGGAAGCGCCCCAUCACUGCAAUUCUUGCACAGGCCGGAUUGCUGCAACCCAAAUAUGUUGACCCCCUCAACUUGACAGCUAUGGCAUGCCCAGCUUUACCUCUUUGCCCGCUAGCAAUAACUGAAGCUGAACGUGGAAUACCAGACCUCCUCAAACGUGUUAGAACUGUAUUUGAGAAGGUUGGCCUCAAAUACCAUGAAUCAGUCGUAAUAAGAGUUACUGGCUGUCCCAACGGCUGUGCUAGACCAUACAUGGCUGAACUUGGAUUUGUUGGUGAUGGGCCAAACAGCUUCCAGAUUUGGCUCGGGGGAACUCCCAAUCAAACUGCAUUAGCUAAAAGCUUCAUGACUAAGGUUAAGAUUCAAGAACUCGAAAAAGUUCUUGAACCUCUAUUCUAUAAUUGGAAAAGAAAAAGGCAUUCCAAAGAAUCAUUUGGCGAGUUCACCACCCGUAUGGGAUUUGAGAAACUUCAGGAGUGGGUCGACAAAUGGGAAGGCAUAUCAUCUUCACCAUCCAAGUAUAACUUGAGACUUUUCUCCGACAGGGAUACAUAUGAUAAAAUCGAUGAACUCGCAAAGUUACAGGAUAAGACUGCUCACCAGUUAGCCAUGGAGGUUAUCCGCAACUACGUUGCUGCCCAGCAAAAUGGGAAGGCUGAAUGAAGUGCUUCUUAGCAUAACAAAAAUUCGCUAAGGUGCAUGCAGAGCAAUCUAUCCCCUCUAAGAUGUUACUAUUUGGUAACAGCUUUCUAAUGGAAGAAAUUGGGUUUUAGUGUGUCGUUUUAUAUCACAGUUUUGCUCGCCCCGGGACGUAUGAGAACUGUACUUUUUAUUUGUAUUUUAGGGCUUGUACUCUAUGAAGUUCAUUUGUCAAAAAGUUUGGGUUUCUAUUUAUUCUCUAGAAAUAUAAUAAGGUUUCCAUGUUUUUAGUUUAA